GAAAUGCUUUGAAUACUUGCGACAUGGCUGCGCGCAUUGAUUGCCAAGAUUGACAGCAUCUUCAGCUCCUGUAGUCUUCUCUUGUCUAAAGUGAGUGCGCGAGGGGAGGGAGAUAAAGAGCAGAUAGGCGAACAACAAAUGGUUCUUGUAGUUUUUGGGGUUUUUUUGUUUUCUUUGGACAAGUGAACUUCACAGACUCUCUCGGAUCCCCCCACCCCCCAGCUCCCCACACCACCACCACCACCAGCAGCAGCAGCAGCAGCAGCAGCACUUUUCCUGCAUGUGGCCCCGUGUGCGCAGAGUCAAGUUUUCGCUCAACAGAUAGCAGCUCAGUGAUCCUUUGUAAACUGUAGCCGAGUGUAGCGUUCACAGCCCAAGAAGGACGCGGACUUUUCUCGUCCACGGCUCUCAUCGUCAAGGUUUUUUACAUGAGUUCAAAGUCAACCAACCAGUGAUCACUGGAAGCUGGGGAUUGAGUCUUUCAGUUUUUAACCCCACUCGCUGACAUGGAGGGCUUUCUUCGUAGCAGCUUUUUACUGAGCAGAGUCAUGUCUUCUAAGCAAGCCACAUCACCUUUUGCAUCUGUGGUUGACGGUGACGAUGCUAUGAGUCAGGAGCACUUGUCAUGGGAGAAAGAUGAAAGCGCAGAGGCCCAUGGCACACCUCAGCUGCCCCUGCACAGUUUGCUCCACGGCAAAGCCCCCGAUGAAAUGCAGCCGCUCAGCAGCGUGCCACCAGAGAGUGACUGGGACAGCCUGGUGUCAGCACAGCAGCGCAUGGAACCUGACAGCAAUAAAGUAUGUUCCCUGUACUCCUUCCGGAACAAUUCCACUUCUCCACACAAACCUGAGGAGGGGGCCCGGGAGCGGAGUGACAUGCUGAGCGGAUCAGCAUUCGGGACUCCGGAGCGCCGCAAAGGAAGCCUGGCAGACGUUGUGGACUCGCUGAAGCAAAAGAAGCUGGAGGAGAUGACAAAGACAGAGCAAGAUGAAUCUUCAUGCAUGGAGAAACUUCUUUCUAAAGACUGGAAAGAGAAGAUGGAAAGGCUCAACACCAGUGAGUUACUGGCAGAAGUUAAAGGUACCCCAGAGGGUCUGGCAGAAAAGGAGCACCAGCUCUCCACAAUGAUAACCCAGUUGAUAAGUCUGCGAGAGCAGCUCCUGGCUGCCCACGAUGAGCAGAAGAAGCUUGCUGCUUCACAGAUGGAGAAACAGAGGCAGCAAAUGGAGUUGGCUCGACAGCAGCAGGAGCAGAUUGCACGACAACAACAGCAGCUUCUGCAACAGCAGCACAAAAUCAACCUCCUUCAGCAGCAGAUCCAGCAGGUCCAGGGUCACAUGCCUCCGCUCAUGAUCCCCAUCUUUCCACACGACCAACGCACUCUAGCAGCAGCUGCUGCUGCCCAGCAAGGCUUUCUCUUCCCUCCUGGAAUGUCUUACAAGCCAGGUGAUAACUACCCAGUGCAGUUCAUUCCAUCCACGAUGGCAGCUGCAGCAGCGUCAGGACUCAGCCCCCUCCAGCUCCAGCAACUGUACGCCGCCCAGCUUGCCAGCAUGCAGGUGUCUCCUGGAGCCAAGAUGCCUCCUCUACCACAACCCCUCAACACUAGUGGGCCCAUCUCUCCAUCAUCUCUGAAGAAUGACAAAAGUUCUUCAAGCCCCAUCACUCAAGUAAAGGAGGAGGGAACACAGCCCCUCAACCUGUCUGCUCGGCCAAAGACGACAGAAAUGGUCAAAUCUCCGACAUCCCCAACAUCAAACCUGUUCCCAGGCAGUAAAAGCAGCCCUAACAGUUUCAUUGGCAAAGGCGGGAUCCCCAGCCCGCUUGGAGGAGGCCUCGGCCGGGACAUUCUGUCCACUCUAAACUCCACCGCAUUGUUUGGGGACCAGGACACAGUGAUGAAGGCGAUCCAGGAGGCUCGGAAGAUGAGGGAGCAGAUCCAGAGGGAGCAGCUGCAACAUCACCAGCAGGGCAUAGACGCAAAGCUGUCUGCCCUCAGCUCAGUGGGCCUCAACCACUGUAGAGUUGAUAAGGAGAGGGUGCAUUUCGACAGCAUCGGACACCACCUUGGCAAACUGGGAGAGGACGGAAAAAUCGGCCACAGAGUGAUCGACCUCACCAGGCCUGAGGAUUUAGAUGGAGGUGCUGGAUCUACCGAGGCGCGGGUCUUCCGGGAGUCCCGAGGACGGAACAACAACGAGCCCCACAUUAAAAGGCCGAUGAAUGCAUUCAUGGUGUGGGCCAAAGAUGAGCGGCGCAAGAUCCUCCAGGCGUUCCCGGAUAUGCACAACUCCAACAUAAGCAAGAUUUUGGGUUCUCGGUGGAAGUCUAUGUCUAACCAGGACAAGCAGCCAUACUACGAAGAGCAAGCCCGUCUGAGUAAGCUUCACCUAGAGAAGUAUCCAAACUACAAGUACAAGCCACGACCUAAGAGGACCUGUAUUAUAGAUGGCAAAAAGCUUCGUAUUGGAGAGUACAAGCAGAUGAUGCGCUCACGGCGACAAGAGAUGAGACAGUUCUUCACUGUGGGCCAACCACCUCAGAUUCCCAUCACCACCAGCGCCAGUAUGGUCUACCCAGGAGGCCUCACCAUGGCAAACACCACACCCUCACCUCAGAUGACGUCAGAGUGCUCCAGCGCUUCGGUCAGCCCUGAGCCGUCCAUUCCCGUCAUUCAGAGUACUUACAACAUGAAGCUGGAACCCAGUGCCAUGGUGAACAACAGCGAGCCGGUCAAUGGCGAGGAUGAGAUGGACAUGUACGAAGACUUCGAGGACGAGCCCAAAUCAGACUAUAGCAGUGAGAAUGACACACAGGAGCCGGUCAGCGCCAACUGAGACGCAUUUUCCUGAUGCAGAGACAGCAUUCACACAGGAGGAGGCCCAAAGGGCUGUUCUGAUGUGAGGGAGGAAAGGAGCAAAAAGAACAACAAAAACUUUUACCACAUGGGUUGGAGAAACAUUUAAAAAGAAAAUUAAUAUGUAUCACGUAGAAGCCUGCAUGCAGCUACGGCUUCAUCAGUUGAAAGCUAUUUGGUCUUAAUUAUUUCUUCAAGUUUGUGAAACACUUUGUUUUGUGGUAAUUUAUAAUUUUUUUUUUUUCAUUGUUUGUUUUUUCAUUAAAGAUCAUAGACGGUUACACAGUUAGUUUGUUGCCUAAAGUAAAAGACAGAACUUGAAGCUAAACAUUUGGUAUGAACCUAUAAUACUUAAAGUCACAUUGUUUUCAUUUAUUAUUAUAUGAUUUUGUUACGUCACCUAACUGUUCAAGAUGGGAAAAUAUUCUCACUCAGGUAUAGUGUGCCAGCCAACAGCUUGUGAAUGUUUUUAACAAAGAGAAAAAAUAAUAUCAAAACACAAUACGGAGGGAUUCCAGUUUAGUCACAUUAUUAUUAUUAAUUAUUAUUAUUAGUUUUUGCUGCAUAAUUCUGUGUGAAAGUGCCAAACAUUUUAUGUUUUUUUUUUCCAUGAGAGGUUCUGAAGACAAUCUCUUCAUCUCUUAAUGCAGCUUCAUUGUACAGGCUUUCUUUGCUCUACCAGAAAAGGACAAAUGAAACUCAGGAACUUGGAGGCAGCAAGUUCUGCAGGAAGUAACAAGUUACACCUGUGAGUAGAAGGUGACGGUAGCUAUACUCCACAGAAAUCAAUGCAGUGGGCAUCAGUGUCAUGAGCAACCCCUUUUAUAUCCCUGGUCCCAGUCCAUACAGAGCAUUGUGGAAUCCUUCACUCAGUUUCAGCUCUUCCACUCUGUCUGAAUCACCAGGAUCUUAAUCAGUGAUUGUAAUCAGGCCAGAAUGCUAAAGGGCCAAAGGCCCCCAAUCUGCAGGAUUGGAACCGAAGUGAAAGGCAGCUUUGGUGGCAUUACAAUCUUAAAUUGAUGUUGUACAAUGUGUGGCUGCAAAGCUACAGUACAUUCUGUUAAACACUUUAGCCCUAUUUGGAUUGCAUGUUUAAAGUCUUGGGUCUUAAAAUGUAAUUUUUUCAGACAUUGUAAAUCUUAAACAGACACUAAGAAGUCUUAAAGCAGGGCGGUCAUCUUGUUGAUGCAGUGGAAUGAUUACUAAAGUCGUAGUGAAAGGAGUGCUAGGAAGUCCCUCAACAAAAAGAAGAGCUUGCCGUCGUGUUCGUUUCUCCACUUCCGUGCAUCUCACAAAAUUGACUUAAUUUCUUGUUUCUUUUUUAAUCAAUUACGUAAGGCCUCUGCCAGUUGUAAGCUGUGUUGUAGAACUUGUUAUAUUUCUUAAAUGCAACAUGCUCUGAAACACUCAUCGCCAUCUACAACAACUCUUUGAAGAAACUUGUAUGAUGUAAGUUGAAUUGAACUAAAAAAAACAUCCACGGAUCACUCCGCCUGUCGAAGACAUUUAAGGGGGGGUGAUGUUAUGGAGCAGUCUAGAGCAGAAGGUCUAAGUGACUGUCCCCUCAGCCACGUGUGUUUCUGACCCCAGCCUUUGCCAAUCUCAGCACUCAGGGGGGCACCAUCUGGCUUGGAGAAAGGGAAAGCAGCAGGAAGGAGUGGGGAAACAAUAAAACUGGGUGUGUGUCCCUCAUUGUGCUCUCCAUCAAAGUGCUGAAAGUAAGGCCUCAACAGGGCUUCCACCCUGGCCGUAUCACCAGGCACUGGCGAGCAGAUGGAACAAGUACAUCAAGCUGUGGGGGAUUAUUAAAAUGACUGACGAGUGGGUAUCGUCUGAAAUGCAGCAUUAUUAAUGCAUGAGUCCAGUUAUUCCCUCCCUUGCCCUUGAACCCGUCCAUUUCAGUGAGAGCGCAGAGCUUUGUGAAGAAACUGAAUAGUUGGUCACUGGUUUUAAAUGGCCAAGAUCCCCCACUGCUGGUCACUGCAUUUUUCUCCUGCCUCUAAUUGGUACGGGUGGCUACGCCUUGCUCUUUAGCACUUCUUAUUUGCAUUACAUAAACUUUUGCAAACAUUCAUAUGAAAUUCGUGUGUUUUUUUUAAAGUCCGUUUUUGUUAGUCUCCAUUUUAUUAUUUUUCUGGUUUUUUUUUUUUUUUACAUUUUAGAAUUUUUAAACAUCAAAAAGCAAUCAAUGGAUGCUGUCCUACAAGUCAAACCUUCUCCCUCCAAGUCAACCAGUUUGGUAUUUUUAAGGUGUUUCCUCCUGUUUGCUGGUGGUUAGACUGAUUUGUAUGUGAUUGUAAAUAAUUGUAUGACCAUGCCAAGCUACUUCAGUUGGUUGGCGUUAGGACUCUUCAAGAAAUUGACACUUGACUGUGCUUAUACAGCAAAAACUCUUAAAAAAAGAAGAAAAAAAGGACAACACAGGCUCACAAAGAGACAAUGUGUUAUAAGCACUGGAUAUAAAUCAUAUUUUUUAGCAAUUCUGAUUAAUGUGAAGUUGUUUGACGAAGAACACCAUGGAUGAACAGGAUUCCCCAGCCUGACUCAAGCGGGUUUGUUGUCACAUUUGCCAGAUUUGGGUCAUUUUUAUGUUCAGUUUUUCGUCUACUUAUUUUGUGUAUUUAUGCAAAGACACGUGCGAUGAAAGAACGCUUUGUUUAAAUCACAGCUAUUAAAAAGACUCAGCACAAAAAUGUGAGCAGAAGAUUUAGCAGCAGGCUCAGAGAGAGCUGUGAAGCAACAGAUGUCAGUGCAUUGUAUAUUGUGUUUGAUACUAAAGUGUAUCAACAUACUGUAUUUAUUAUUAGCCUCUGCUGGCUCUAAAAUUGACAGUAGACAACAAAACCAAGGACAAUCACAAAAAAUAAUUUGAGAUAAAAAAAAUCUGUGGAUUCACCAACUUGUUAAGAUUUUAUUGUAAAUAUGAGCAAUGAAUAUUUUUUGUUCAUUGGUAUAGGUUAUGUAUUUGGCUGUUUUAUUUCCUCUUUUCCGCUAUUUGUCCCAACAGCAGACAAAUGGCUGUACCUCAUGUGGAUGCUGAACUUUUCUGCUAAUUGGAAGUUUGGUCCCAAUACAGAGUGAAUUAUAGGUUUUUCUUGACUAUUAAAAGCACGAAUACAACUUUACCUUAUCAGACUUAUAAGGAAAAAAGGUACCGAGUCAAAUAAGCACUUAAUGUAGAAAAUUUAUUAUACACCCAUUUGUUUCCAAUCAUAAAUGUCUGAUACAAUCUUAUCUUUAUGCUGUAUUUCCUUGCUUAGUUUUUUUUUGUUAUUAUUAUUUGUUUAUUUUAGCGAUUAACCAUUCAGUUCAGUGUGAAGCUCAGACUAUCUGAAGAUAUCUGCAUGCAUUGGACUUGCAUUGUCAUGAAUAUAACAAAAGGUACACUUUUUAUUGUUUUAAACACAUGUUAUGUUUGAUCCUUUCAAUGGUGGGAAGGUGCAAGUAUUUAUUUCUUUUAAUAUUGUAAAAUGCACAGAUAUUAGAUGUAUCGCCAACUUUACAUAUUCUGUCAGUUUUUAACAAAAAUGUCACCGACUACCCAGGAUUUGCAGAAGUAUCCCUCCCAAUUGGUCUCAAUUUUCUUUCUCCUGUAAUACAUGGAAAAUGGUUUUUAGGAACUGAAGACAAAGGAUUCCAUGCUGUUUGAAUAUUACUGUAAUUUGAUUUAUCUUUUCUUUUUCUUUUUUUUGUUCGUCUAAACUUUGUGAUGUAAAUGGUGGGAAUGUUCUCUGUGUUAAUUUAAUCAGCACAAUUCACUGACAUGCUGGACUGACAUGCUCGCUGCUGUUCAGAAAGUGUAAAAAUGUGCCACCCGGGGCAACAUUUUAAGCUGCCCUUGGUACUCUGCUCUUAAGAGUUGUCUUUUCAAGCAACACUGUGUGGGGCUCUUCUAUGACUGGAGCCGCUGUUUUGACAAAAUGCUGGCAGCCUGAAACGAUUUUCUGUGCAGAAUCUUUUCGAUUAUUUCCUCUCCUUGCAGGUACCUGUAAGCCCAUGGCAAGUAUUGUUUGGGUGUCAUUAGAGAACAGGAAAUACAUAGUGUCUGUUGCUGCUUUAAAAAAAAAAUAUGUCUGAAUAUGUAAAUAGUUUAUCAUAAUAUCUUGUACAGUCCAAUGUAAAGUUUUUAAUUCAACUUAAAAACAAUGUUGCCAUCACAUUUGUGUUCACAUUCUUCUUUAUACAAAACAGAAGAGGUCAAUUACUUUCAAGGGUGUAUUAUUGCUUGAUGAAAACAAAAAAAAAAGAAAAUGUUCAUUUUUUUAUGUUUUACUUGGCUUCAAAGUGUACACCAGCAUUCUUUGGUUUUCAUGUGCAGUAUUGACGUGAGGUAAACUUAAAGUGAAUAAUUUUACAUUGGUGUGUGUGUGUGAGUGUGUGCGUAUGGAGAAUUGCGUCCUCAGCUUUGGUUGUAUUAAUACACUAUAAAAAGUAAAAACAAACCAAUGAUUGACACACACCGGCGCAUCUUUGCACCAUGGAGGUGUGUUUACUGUAAAUUAUUAAAUUAUGCCCACAUGAUGACUUCAGACCGAUUUAAAAACAGCAUUUUAAAUAAUGCGUUGGUCCAUUGUAUGAAUGCAGCAGUGGGCUGAAGAAACUGCCGGUUUUAGCUUAUUUACCUCAAGAAUUUCCUUGUUUUCUGUAAAGGAGACAAACAUUGUGUUGCAGAAAGGUUCACACAUCACUCCAUCUUUUGUACUGCUGUUGACACUUACCGAUUAAAGAGACAUUUUGUUUUAAAAACUUGAGUCAUUUUUUCGAUUACACUCUUUACAGUCUGCAGAAGAGUAAACAGCAUGA